UCUGUCCGACGCAGAAAUGUUGUCGCUGUGCUCGUCUGAGCCCGUGCGGUUCCGGGGAAAACGUGGAGGUUCUGUGACCGCCGUUCCGAUCACGGUUGAGUUCGGAAAGUUACUCCCUGGGGAACGCCGGAAGCACGUCAACGACGCCGGUUCACAGAACGAAGUGUCACCAUGGGACCUUCUCCAUGCCGCCGUCGCACUCUACGCUACAAGUCUUCCAGAUAUGGGGUCUCCGUCGUCAGGCCCCGAAGGUCUCUACAACAUGUUAUGUGCAGAGGGAGCCAGGACACUUCUCAUCCUGAGAGACGCACAAGAAAUCGUACAAGAUUGGGAGAACAAGCACUCGGGCACGAACGGCCACCGCCGUGAUUCACAACGACGACGCCGAUCCAUCAAUAGCCACUCGAUGACCAGCCCUGAAGAUCAUCUCAAAGAAAUUAACAACAACCCCGUGUCAGACACGCCUCGCUUCAAGCCCUGGCAGAAGAUUUUACCGCUACCCCACCACGACAACGAAACAAAUGGUCGUUCCGACGACGACUCAUCGACCCCGACGCUAGACGUGACGCCCGAGGCCCAACAGACGGCGUCGGGGCAUCAUACGCCCAACACGGCCACGUCCUCCAGCACGCCAGUGGACGGCGAAGGCGUCACGUCGUCCAGUGACCACAGCGUCACGACGGACCCGGAUGACGUACUCUGGGUCUCGUGGGCUUCCAGACGGCACCGAAUGCAUACGAAAGACAGUGUGGACGACGACGGCAUGGAGGAACGCAUUCCAGAAGAGAACGCCAGUGGCCACGAUGCUGGCAGCAUCUGCUCUUCCACGUCUGCUACGCAAAAUCAAGACAACGCGACGGGCGCAGAUCCCUUCUCGGACGUAUUUAGUGAGGAUUCAGAUCCAGAUUCUGAAAGUGACAUGGAAGAAGAGGAAGACGCCGAAGACAUGUUCACAAAAGGCCUGGAAGGAUUCCUGCGAGCAGUAGCCAGCCGGAAGAGAGAACGUGUCAGGGCUGCGUCAAACUGGUGCCUCGCAUCCAGACACGCGGGUCCCGAGCACCGCCUCUUAGCGUGUGCCACCUUCACAAAAAAUUACAGAAUUCCAGGAACUAAAGUAGUCUACCUGCCAGUGAUAGCUGUAAGGAAGAAGUUCAGAAAACACGGCAUCGGAAAAUUCCUCCUCGAGCGUCUAAAGAGCCCACUUGUUGUGGGUCCGUACGACGCCAUAGUUGUGCGAACCCCACCGAGCUCGGUACAUUUCUUCAUGAAAAACAAUUGGACCAAUGACAUCAUUCUCAACAGCCGCUUUAGGGAGCUCGAAGAGAUUCCGAAUACUGGCAUUUCAUUGUGCUACCUUCCGCCAUUUGACGGUCACUACCCUCCCCUACCUGGAACUCAAGAAUGGAAUCGUCCGGAAACGAUCUCCAACAUGGAGGAUGAAAUUGAUCGUUGGAAGCAGAAAUCUUUGGAAGCAUAUCAGUGCCAGGUCACCUGUUUAACCAGAUUACAGCAGGAAGUGAUGAGGCUAAAUGCUCUCUUACAGAAACAAGAUCAAGCAAUGCAACAGAUGAAGAAAGAGAACAAUCGGCUGCAGUCCAGGCUUUCCAGAGUUGAGAAAACAUCAACGCGAGCCCUCAUCGAGAGCCUUGAGAAGGAAGCCGCGGACUUCGAAAGACUGUGCAACCUCAAGUACUCUGGUCUCGAAGAUCGACAUCAGACACCUUUCCCAUAGAGGUGCAUUUUUUGGUUGUGCCCAACAUGAAAUACAAGAUAUCUAUAAAAAGCAAGAGAAAUACGACUGACACCCCAAUUCUGAAACAAAAGUGUUGUGAAAUCUUUGAUUGUACAGUAGUAAAAGCAGUUACGUUUGCAAAGUUUCGCCUUCUGAUGCUGAAAAAAAAAAAAUCAUGAAAAUAUAUCGAAUUAUUUUCUUGAAAAUCUCUCUCUAAUGAACCCAUAUUAUAUAUCCCUGGCACACAGUUACUGCUUCCCUGUUAUUUGCUAGUACCAUUUAAAAUGAAAAUAUAAUACAUAAGAUAAAAUCAAAAGGCCCCGAGGUAAUGUUGUGGCUGUUUACUGUUAUUUCAACAGACGGUCAAACGGAAACUGAAGAAAACAGCUACUGCAAUAAAUAUGCGGCUGCAUAUGAAAACACAGGACAACAUGAACAUGCCCUGUAUCAUCUAUAGCUCUGUACUGUUGCUGACGGUGGUAGCUCCAACAUUGAAAGGCCCGCAACUUCACAUCGCUUGUAAUAUGAUUACUACAACUACACCUAUAAGGUUGUAAACAAUGUCAUGAGAAAAAUCACGAUAAGUAUCAUCAAUAUGUACAUAAUAUCUGUGCUCUUUUCGUUGCCCUGCACUAGAAUUUAUGGCCAGUAUUUCUGCUAAGCAGUAUUUUUCUAUCUCGAUUUUACCGUCCUGCCCCCGAUUUAAAUGUGCAGCAAACUCCGUAGCCCACACUCACACAUGAUAUACAUCAACAUCUGUUGUAGAAGAUGACAUAUCUUUGCGUCAACCACUCCAACAUGGAAUGGAUAUAUUACAGUGAGAUGGAGUGCAUGAUGUUGAUGUUUUGUUGAUGUUAGAUGAAAAGGUAUGAACAGGAAAAAUGUGUUAAUGAGAAAGUGUAAUAAAAACAUGCAGUGAG